GUAAGCUGAACUAUAAGUAUUUUAUAUUACAAUAGAGAACGUUUGAGAUAGUAUAAUGUAAUAUUUCCGUAUAGUGUAAUUCACAUUCAUAUUGAUCAACAAAUUAAUCCGACAUGAGGCGAUUCAUUCUUUUCGUCUUUGUCGGUGCAUUUUUAAUAAAGGAUGUCACGCCGAGAGCCCAUAGAUAUCCCUUAAGUCUGACACGGUUGUUCCAUUCAAAAAGAUUAAAUGAUAACAAGAAAGGGACGCAGUCCGUAUGCGAUUCCGACGAAUGCAAAAAAAUGGCUAAUACGUUUCUGGAGAACAUGAAUAAAUCCGCGGAUCCGUGUAAUGAUUUUUACGAGUACGCAUGUGGACGAUGGGAAGAGCAUAAUCCCAUUCCAGAAGGUCGCGUUGAAUGGUCUGUGUUUCAUCAACUCAAUAAGAAAACCGAACAGCAAAUUCAAGAAAUUCUGGAUUCUGAGCCUGCGAAAGACGAUAUUCGAUUAGUUAAACUGGCCAAAGAUUGGUACAAAGCUUGUAUGGACACGGAUGCAAUGGACCAGCAGGGAAUCGAACCGCUGAUUUCUACCCUAUCACGUUUAGGUGGCUGGCCUAUGUUAACAAAUAAUUGGAACGAGCAGGAGUAUCCAUGGCAAGAAGUGGACGAUCAAUAUAUGCGUUUGACAGGAAGAAAUUCUUUUCACGAUGUGCGGAUACAAAAAGCUUCAGAUCCAAUAGUUGUGGUGAUCGAUGUUCCGCAUUUACCACCGGGGUCAAAAAAACUGCAGAGUGUGUUAGAGGCUAAAGAUGAAAACGAAGAUGAAAGCAAUGAAGAAGAUGAAAGUGAAAGUGAAAGUGAUGAAGAUCCGAGUGAUGAAGAGAAGCAAAGUAAUGAGGAUCACGAGCCUGGAAGCGAAGGCGAAGAUGAGUUUAAAGACGAUGAUACAGAUAAUAACAGUGACGAGGAAGAUUAUGACGAUGAUGAUGAUGAUGAUGAUGAUGAUGAUGAUGAUGAUGAUGAUGAUGAUGAUGAUGAUGAUGAUGAUGAUGAUGAUAAUGAUGACGAUGAUCCAAAUAGUGACGAUAAUAACAAUAAUAUCGAUAUAGAUGAACAAGAUGAAAAAACAAAGAAAAAAAUAAGUAAGAAGAAAGUCACUAAUAAGAUCGCUCAUAAAAGAAACAAAAAAGUACGGCACGUUGGACAGGCAAAGAGCGGUAACCGGAAUGUUAAAAAGCACAGCAUCCAUAAGACGAGGAAACAAAGAACCAAAAGAUGGACAAAAACGACAGGAGUUCACAGCAAACGAACGCAGCAUACUAAUCGUCACAAAAAAUUACAUAUUCCGAAACUCCAAAGAAAUCAUUUAAAAAAGGUAGUUAGAAGAAUGAAAAGAGCCAAUUUAGACACGACAUCGCAGAUUAGCACAGAUGAAACAAAUAAUGAAGAAAAUGAGAUACAACAGUAUAUUAGCUAUAUUUUAAACGUAGCUAAUAUCAUAGCCAAGAAAAUGGAUAGCGAUAUUUCACAAGAACGUCUCGUAAAUGAUAUUAAUGACAUGGUCGAGUUCCAAUUAAGAUUGAUUCAGAUUAUGCCACAAAAGCUUUUCAAUUUAAUCAGCUUGGAUUUCAGCGUGGAUACUACGCUUGAUAAGCUUCAAGACUGGUUUGAUGAAUACGAACCUAAAACAGCUAAUGGAAAGAUUGACUGGAAAAACAAAAUCGAGACAUUGUUCAAUGAGGCGGACAAGCCCGUAGGUGGCAAUGUAAGUAUAGAAGUUAAUAAACCACAUUAUAUUGAAUCUCUUGUUUCCUUGCUGGAUGAAACGCCAACUCGAACAAUCGUGAAUUACAUACAUUGGAAUUUCAUAAGUAGAGUCAUACAUACUACCACGAGUGAAAUGCGAGAUUUAUAUAAUUCAUGGGAGAAAAUUAGCACGGGCAGUUAUUCGAGUGAUAGAUCGAAAAUAUGCAAAGACUCACCAGAGAUGAAUGAUAUUCUUGCGUAUCAAUUUGUAAGAAAAUAUUUCACUGAGGAUAUUUUAAAAUCAGCAACGGAAAUGCUCAAAGAGGUAGAAGAGGAAAUGGAAUCUCUGAUUAAACAAUCUGAUUGGAUGGACGACGAUGCUAAAGAGUUUGCUUUAGAAAAAUAAAAAAUGGGAAAAACAAUUGGAUAUCCGGAAUGGUACAACAAUAUGACAAGCAUUCAAGAAACUUAUAAAGACCUCAUUAUCGGAUCGUCAUAUUAUGAAAACACACUUCGAUAUAGCAGAUUUAGCAAAUGGAAGAACCUACGAACGGUUACACAAGAAUCUAGUCUCAAAGCAAUGCUUACACCACAGAUGAAUCCGCUUGAAAUAAAUGCCUUUUACAUGGUUUGGCUAAAUUCAUUGGUUGUCACAGCAGCGGAUUUCCAGAGCCCAUGGUUCGCUUAUGGUCGACCACAAGCUAUUAAUUAUGGUAUGAUUGGAGUAAUUAUGGCUCACGAAGUCAAUCAUGGAUUCGAUAAUAAAGGACACAUGUGGAAUGAGGAUGGUAUCUUUCUGUGGUGGUUCUCAGCAAUGGCCGAUGCGUAUGAUAAAAAGAAGGAUUGUUUCGUGGAACAGUUUAAUAAUUAUCCUAUUGAUACUAAAACAAAUGAAAAAAUCAAGAAUUAUGGCGAACAGACGAUAGGCGACAAUAUCGCGGAUACAAUGGGAGUACAGGCUAUAUUUAAAGCAUAUCAAACCAACCAAAAAAAGAAUAACGUAAAAGAUGCCAUGUUGCCAGGCAUGGAGGACAUUACCAACGAACAAUUGUUUUUCUUAUCUUUUGCCAAUCUAUGGUGCGAAGCAUACAAACCAAACGCGAUAAUAAACAUCGCUAAAAGCGAUGUGCAUAGUGUUGGAAGAUUGAGAGUUAUAGGAUCCGUAUCAAACUCUGAUGAUUUCGCUAAAGUUUAUAAUUGUCCGGUUGGCAGUCCGAUGAAUCCCGAGAAAAAGUGUAACAUUUGGAACGCGUUUGUCGGCGUGUUUGUAAUAAGAAAUGUCACAUCGAGAACACACAGAUAUCCUUUAAAUUUGACAAGAUUACUUCGUUCAAAGAAAUUAAAUGAUAACACGGAAGAAACGCGAACCGUAUGUGAUUCCGAAAAAUGCAAAGAAACAGCUAAUCUGUUGUUGGAAAAUAUGAAUAAAUCUGUCGAUCCAUGUAAUGAUUUUUACGAAUUUGCAUGUGGGCGAUGGCCGGAACAUAAUCCUAUUCCAGAAGAACGGGAUGCGUGGUCUGCAACCGAUGUAAUCGAUAGCAAAGUCCAACAGCAAAUACAAGAAAUUUUGGAAGCUGCACCUGCGAAAGAUGAUCUCAAACUGGUUAAGCUUGCGAAAAAAUGGUACAAAGCUUGCAUGGACACGGAUGCAAUAGAGAAGCAAGGGAUCGAACCGUUGGUUUCUACUUUAUCACGUUUAGGUGGCUGGCCAAUGUUAACGGAUAAUUGGAACAAGCAGGAGUACUCCUGGCAAGAAGUGGAUGAUCAUUAUAUGCGCUUGACGGGAAGAAAUUCCCUUCAUGACGUGCGAAUAAAGGAACAUUCAAGUGAUCCAAUCGUGGUGGAGAUCGAUACUCCGCAUUUACCACCGGGCUCAAAAAAACUGCAGGCUGUGUUGGAAGGAUAUGCUGGUGAAGACGAGGACGAAGAUGAAAACGAAGAAGAGAACGAAGGAAAAAGUGCAAGUGAUGAGGAUCCAAGUGAUGAAGAAAAGCAAAGUGAUGAGACUCAAGACGAACCUGGAAGCGAAGGCGAAGAUGAUUCUGAAUAUGAUGACGAUGACGACGACGAUGGUAAUGAUGAAGAUAUCAAAGAAAGGAUAAUAAAAAAAAUUAACCAGCAAGAUUAUGGAAAAACAAAAACAAGAAAGGCAACUGUGACAGGGGUUAAUAAUAAAUAUACGCAGGAUAUUAAUCGCCGCAAGAAAGUAGAUAUUCUUAAGAGCCAGAGGAAUCAUUUAAAGAAGAUAUUUAGAAAGACAAAAAAAAUUGUAGAUAAUAUGGACACAACAACUUUUCAGAUUAACAUAAAUGAAAUAAAGAAAAAAAAUCUAAUUCAACAGUACAUUAAUUACAUUUUGAAAGUAGUUAAUGUUAUAGCCAAGAAGAUGAAUAUCAACAUUUCACAACAACGUCUUCUAAACGAUAUCAAUGAUAUGGUCGAAUUUCAAUUGAAUCUGAUUCAGAUUAUUCCUAAACACUAUUCGUUAGACGGUAUAACUACCACGCUUAAUAAUUUCCAAGAAUGGUAUGAACGAAAAAAUCCUAAAACUAAUGGCAAAAUUGACUGGAUCAACAAAAUCAUAACAUUGUUUGACGAGGUAAAUAAAAUCGUAGAUGAUGAUUUAAGUAUAGAAGUUAAUGCGCCAAAUUAUUUCAUAUCUCUUGUUUCUUUGCUGGAUGAGACGCCCACUCGGACAAUCGUAAAUUAUAUACAUUGGAAUUUUAUAAGUAAGAUGAUAAAGGCUACCACAAAUGAAAUGAGAGAGUUGUAUGACUCGUGGGAAAAAGCACUUAGCAAGGAGGAACUUUUUUAUCCAAGAAAUAGAUCGAAAAUUUGCAAGGGAUCACGAGAGAUAAAAGAAGUUCUUGCGUAUGAAUUUGUAAGAAAAUAUUUCACUAACGAUGUCUUAGAAAUAGCAAUAAAGAUGUUCAAUGAAAUAGAAGAAGAGAUGGAGUAUUUAAUUCAAAAUUCAGAUUGGUUGAAUGACAAAGGUAAGAAUUUUGCUUCAGCAAAGCUAAAAAACAUGAAAAAAAUGAUUGGAUACCCGAAUUGGUACAAAAAUAUUUCAAUCAUACAGGACUAUUAUCAAGAACUCAGUUUUGGGUGUUCAUAUUAUGAAAACAUUCUUCGAUAUAACAAAUUCUCCAAAUGGAAAAGCUUACGAAUGAUAAUGAACGUUGAUGCUGAUGAUUCAUUGGAUCCGCUUGAUGUAAACGCCUAUUAUUUACCUUGGACAAAUGCAUUAAUUGUCUCAGCAGCGAAUUUCGAGAAUCCGUGGUUUGCUUAUGGUCAACCACAAGCUCUUAAUUAUGGUAUGGUUGGAGCAAUUAUGAGUCAUGAGGUCAAUCAUGGAUUUGAUGAUCAAGGAUACAUGUACGAUAAAGAUGGUACUUUUCUGGGAUGGUUCUCUGCAAUGGCCGAUGCGUAUGACAAAAAAAAGGAUUGUUUCGUAGAACAGUUCAAUAAUUAUCCUAUUGAUACUAAAACAAAUAAAAAAAUUAAGGAUUAUGGCGAACAGACGACUGGGGAUAAUAUUGCAGAUACAAUGGGAUUACAGGCAAUAUUUAAAGCCUAUCAAAGCAACCAAAAGAAGAACAACAUAACAGAUGCCAUAUUGCCGGGCUUGGAAGAUUUUACUAGUAAUCAAUUGUUUUUCUUGGGCUUUGCUAAUUCAUGGUGUGAAGCGAUCAAAUCAGACAAAUUAAUGACAAUUGCCGAGAAUGAUGAACAUAGUAUUGCAAGAUUAAGAGUUAUUGGCUCUGUAUCAAAUUCGGAUGACUUUGCUGAAGCUUAUAAUUGUCCAGUUAGCAGUCCGAUGAAUCCCGAGAAAAAAUGCAACAUUUGGAAGUAAUCGAAAGAAAUAUUGCAAAUUAAUUUACAUAUAAAUAUCUUGCAAAAAUUAUCUACUCGAAUGUAUCAAUAAAUAAAAUAAAAGCAUGCCUAUAAAUGUC